UAGCUUUGUAUAAUUAUGAAUUUAAACGUUUGUUAUGCAGUGUGUAUUUUAAUUGAGAAAUUGAUUACAGCAGUAAACAAGAGAUACCAGUAUUACGUGUACUGUAAGACAUGCUGCGGAUUAUACCCGGGCAAAUUACGAGUUCGUUGUGUUAACUGCAUGCAGGGCUCAAUUUUACUAGACAAGGAACCAAGUAACUGGGAUGAUGUCCUUGUUGCAGGGAGAUUGAAUGGUCACUGUACCACCUGUGAUGAUACCACUAUUGCUCAAUUUUACUUCAAAUGUUGUGAACAUGAUGGGGAAGAAGAAUGUACACCAUUGAGAUAUGUCCGUCCCAACAGACAUUGUAUAGACUGUGUCACCUGUUCAAUAGAAUGUUCUCCCGUGAUGGUUUAUCCUUGUCCAGAUAAACAUGUGAUGUGUAUAGACUGUUUUAAAUCUUAUGCUCAAGUGUCACUAGAUCAGAGAUCUUUUGUAGAAGAUCCAAAUAUUGGAUACUCCCUACAUUGUCCAGUUGGUUGUGAAGGUUCUCUAUUAAAAGAUAUACACCACUUCAAAUUACUAGGAAAAGAACAGUAUGAACGAUAUAAAGAUUUUGGUGCGGAAGAGUGCCUGUUACAAUCUGGAGGUAUACUUUGUCCGAACACUGGCUGUGGCGAGGGGAUUAUAGUUGAAGAUGAUGCAAGGAAUGUUCAGUGCAGAACAUGUCGGAUGGAGUUUUGUCGUCAGUGUAGACAGGAAGUGCACAGAGGUUCUUGCCAGUCCCAUGAUGCAACAGCCCAAGUCAACAUGACAAUGAAUGUGGACUCUGAGAGGGCUCUUAGGGCACGAUGGGAAGCUGCGUCCAUGGAAACCAUACAAGACACCACAAAACCCUGUCCUCACUGUGCUGUAAAAACUGAGAGAAAUGGUGGAUGUAUGCACAUGAAAUGUAGCCGAUGUCGCAGGGACUGGUGUUGGUUGUGCCAGGAAGAGUGGACGCGAGCCUGUCAAGGGGAUCAUUGGUUCGGUUAGCUAUAGCUGAUAAUUAUAGAAUAUCUUCAUAGACCAAGGUCAGGAUUUCUUGCAAUAGUUAGUAAUUGAUACAGUUACUCUAGCAGCAGGAUGGUGGAUUUUAUUUUAAAAUUAUUUAUUUGUCAAAGAAGUGUUGUGAACAGCUUCUGAUUUUGGUGUUAUCCUUACUUGUCUGUUUUGGUUAGGUUUUGAUUGUAUGUUAAUGUAGUAUUAUCAACAAAUAUGUUUAUAUGUAAUAAACGAAUAUGUUAAUUUUGAAUCAACAAGUGUCCAGGCAACUAUUAAGUUAAUACAUUGCAUGGUAAUUAUUUGAGAGAUUCUUAAAAGGUAUUCAUUAUCAGUGAGGUACAAAAAUUUAGACUGUAACAUAAGAAGGUACAUAUUUGUAUGAGGUUCAAAUAUUAACAAGUAUUAAUGGAUAAGCUCAGUAUUUUAAACUGUAUGAUAUGUGUAAAUGUUGAGAAUUAUCAGUUUACAGACUAGUUUUAAUAUUACAAAAUAUAUAUUCGCUUGUUUUUGAUAAGUUAAAUCAUGUUUAGUAAAAAAAAAAGUUGAAAUAAUAAUGUUUGCAAGUGAAUGAUAAAGCUGGUAACAUAUGCUCAAAAUCAUUGUUACACCUACGUAUAUUGCAGUUGAAUAUUUUAAUUAGAUAAUGCAUAUUUUUUUGCCUGUUUACUUGUAUUAUUUAUGUGUUUUAAAAGUACUUUACGUGUUAUAUAACAGGAAAAUGUUAUGCUAAAACAGAUGAAAACAAUAUGAUAAUAAAGAUUAGCAUUAGCCCCUUUAAACAUAGAUAGCGACACAUAAAAAGCUACUGUAACAUUGUGAUAUAUGUUAAAGGGAAAUGAAUUGCAACUUCUGCAGAGCAACACCCUUUGGGAGGAAAAAUGAUUUAGUUGUUGCCGAGAGGUGUGGCUCUAGACAAGUGAGCCGUGUCAUGACAAAACCAACAUAAUGGG